AAAGCGCCAGAACGUUAGGCGAUGAUGACUCGGGUACCUGUCGCCGUUCCCGAUCAACUAAUUACGUUCUUGUCGCGUUUCAUCGUUCCUGAAAUAGGCACACCUGCCUUGAAUCGGUAAAGCGUGAAUUCGUAAUAAUAUAUUCACAAGAAUAUCUUUUGCGCGACAUAAGAAGAUGGUCAAAAGUUCUGGACCGCUUCUCGAAAAGCGAAUCGGCUGCAUCAAGUUCACAAUUUUCUGCUUGAACGCGAUAAUAUGGAUGCUGGGAUGUGCGAUGUUUGGACUGUCAAUCUGGAUGCGGUUUGAGCCGACGCUCGAGGAGUGGGUGGAAUUUUUAAACAUGUAUGAAUACUACAUCGGAGUUUACGUGCUGAUCGCCACCUCCGUGAUCGUAAUGGCUAUUUCUUUUAUCGGUUGCGCUGCCGCGCUUAUGGAACACAUCAUGACUUUAUACGCCCACGUGGGUCUUCAAGCGUUCAGUUUUAUCUGCUGUCUAGCCGGAGCGGCGGUCAUUCUUGAUUAUUCAACAUACGACAGUAAGAUUCAGCCUAUCGUCGAACGGUCCAUGUAUAGUCUUAUCAGUAACUCUCAUCAAGAUACGGCGAGUUUCAUCCUACGAGUAAUUCAGGAAACUGUCGGAUGCUGCGGUGCCGAUGGACCCAGGGAUUACAUACGUUUGCGAAAACCGUUGCCUGUCGAAUGUCGGGACACAGUCACCGGAAAUGCCUUCCAUCAUGGCUGCGUUGAAGAAUUGUCUUGGUUUUUGGAGGCGAGAUCGGCAUGGCUCGCCGGCUUGGCGAUGGCGUUAUGCAUGCUUCACGUGAUCAUAGCGGUGCUAUCGCUGACGCUUGUACGAGCGAUUAAGAAAGAAGAAGAAACUAUAACGUUCAAGCGCUAGAUAUUAAUUCGCCAUAUGCAACGAUAUAUGCAACAGUAUAUAUUAUGAUUAGUAUAAUUAUAAUUUUUUUAUAAGAUAAAAAGAGAAACUUACACAUUCUGCUAAAUAACGAAUUUUGUGAGUGUACAUUUCAAAAGUGUCACCUCUUAUAAAAUGUAAUAUAUAUUACAA